AUGGCCGAUCUAUAUUCGCGCGAUCCUCAAAGUCCUCGACAGUAUUACUCCAAUCUCGGGGCGAUGGGGUCGCUGGCGGAUAAGUUCCAGGAUAUUGACGAUCCGAUUCAUUUUCGCGGCUACAUGCACCGGCUGGAGAAUCCGCUCACUCGAAAUUUUGUGCUGGAUUUUGGCAACGAGGAUGCAUGGUGCGCGGCAGAUUUGAAUACAGAUGAGCUGAAGCUUUUGUUGAACAAGCCGAGAGCCAAAUAUUUCGGUACCAGAUGGAUUCAUAUAUGGGCACCGGAAGAGCAAAAAGAUACCAUCAAGGCAAUCACUACGCACUAUGGGGUCUCGGAACGGCUGCAGGGGAUGAUGUGCACGGAGCCAGUUCUUCAUCGGCCCAAGCCUGCGGCCUUGCCCCGAAAAAGACAUUCGCAGCUGCAGGACGUGGAUCUAUCGCCGCAAGAACCCGAUGAUCUCGAGAGUGCAUAUGCUCUCAAAAAUGUCCCCGAUCAGGAUGAGGGCCACGAGGCCGCCAAAAUGAAGAGCUUGACUUUUGCACAAGUCACCAACCAAAUAUGGCACUUUUCGUCAGUAGACCAUGGCCCUAGAUAUACUUGCAUCGGCUACAACACGUUGUUCGUAGUCCCCAAAAUUGACCUGCCGAACGGCAAGGACCUCCCAGAUGGACAACGGCUCUGGUCUUGGCUGAUCCUCACCGAGGAUGGCACUGUUAUCUCGAUCCAGGAGAACCCGUUUCCGCGACCCCAGCGUGCAUUGUCGACAGAGGAAGUCAAGCCGGUCCUUGAUGUCGUGCGCCGAAACGUCCGGUUCAUCUUUGCGGGUGUAUCCAAGCAACACUUUGCCAUGUCCGAGAGCGACUCAUUAGUGACCAUCCGCGUGCGGCAUUUCAACGACUAUGGGCCGGACCAGGCGAACAUCAAGCAGGAGGAUGGCCCGAGCUUGCUCUUUUAUUAUAUCUUUGACGACUGGGUAUCGAGCUAUGGGCUCAUUGCCAAGAGAGAACACCAGUACGGGGUGGCCCUGGACAAAUUGAGAAGUCAAAUGCUCGAGCGUCCUGUGAUUGAACUGGUAAAUGAACUGCACUGGCUGGGUCGAAGGCUCGCGGCCCUCAAGCGACUGUACCAGAGCUAUGAGCUCAUUAUGCGCCGCGUGCUACAGCGGCAGCGACUGCUCCGCGACGAAGCCCGCUCCUCCCAACCGGGUCCCUUAUCCUUCGGCGCCACCUUUGGCGACAUCGAAUUCGCCGACAUGCGACAGUCGAGUCUGAUGAGCACCUCCAGUGGUCCGGGAAUGGCAGAAAAACCAGUCGGGGUGCAUCUGAGUUCGGCGGCCGUGGCGCGUUUCGAGCGAUUGGUGGAUCGCACCAAUCUGUACUGUCUGAGCGAGAUCGAGAGCUGUCUCAGCGACAAGGAGUCUUUGACGUUCCUGAACUUCAACUUGAUCGCGCUCAAGGACUCGCAGGCGGUGGAAAAGCUGACUCGGAUCACGAUCUUGCUGGCCAAAGCGACGAUAUUAUUCCUGCCCGUCAGUCUCAUGACUGCAUACUUUUCAACCGAGCUCCAGGGCGUCAAAGGCGGGUACACCAAGGUGGAUUACUGGGCGAGUUUUGGCGUGAUCAUGUUCGUAUCGAUUGUGGUGUUGUCGAUCUUCGGGUUUGCCAGCGAUACUGUCGAGGGCAAAACCAUCUAUCGGUCCCUGGAAAUGCGCAUCCUGAUGGUCGGUCUUGACGCCGCCGGAAAGACCACCAUCCUGUACAAGCUGAAGCUCGGUGAAAUCGUCACCACCAUCCCCACGAUCGGGUUUAACGUCGAGACCGUCGAGUAUCGUAACAUUCAAUUCACCGUGUGGGAUGUUGGUGGUCAGGACAAGAUUCGUCCCCUCUGGAGACACUAUUUCCAGAACACCCAGGGUAUCAUCUUUGUGGUUGACAGCAACGAUCGGGACCGUAUCGUCGAGGCCCGCGAGGAGUUGCAACGCAUGUUGAACGAGGAUGAGCUCCGCGACGCUCUCCUUCUGGUUUUCGCCAACAAGCAAGAUCUGCCGAACGCCAUGAGCCCCGCCGAGAUCACGCAGCAGCUGGGUCUCCAGAGUCUCACCCGCCGUGCCUGGUUCAUCCAAUCCACCUGUGCCACCACCGGAGACGGUCUCUACGAAGGUCUGGAGUGGCUCGCCGAUACCCUCCGGAAAACGGGCCGCGACUAA